AUGGUUGAGCCGGCGAAUACCGUCGGAAUCGCGGUGAAUCCGACGCCGUUGUUGACAGAUGAGCUCGACAUCGUAAUCCCGACUAUCCGAAACCUCGAUUUCCUCGAAAUGUGGAGGCCAUUUCUUCAGCCGUACCAUCUGAUCAUUGUCCAGGACGGAGAUCCGUCGAAGAAGAUUCAUGUUCCUGAAGGUUACGACUACGAGCUCUACAACAGGAACGACAUUAACCGAAUCCUCGGACCCAAAGCUUCUUGCAUCUCCUUCAAGGAUUCCGCUUGUCGCUGCUUUGGGUACAUGGUGUCUAAGAAGAAGUAUAUCUUCACCAUUGAUGACGAUUGCUUCGUUGCUAAGGAUCCAUCUGGGAAAGCAGUAAACGCACUUGAGCAACACAUCAAGAAUCUUCUCUGCCCAUCAUCUCCGUUUUUCUUCAACACCUUGUAUGAUCCAUACCGUGAAGGUGCUGAUUUCGUCCGUGGUUACCCUUUCAGUCUUCGUGAAGGUGUUUCCACUGCUGUUUCCCAUGGUCUCUGGCUCAACAUCCCUGAUUACGAUGCCCCGACCCAGCUCGUGAAGCCUAAGGAGAGGAACACCAGGUAUGUGGAUGCUGUCAUGACCAUCCCAAAGGGAACACUUUUCCCAAUGUGCGGUAUGAACUUGGCUUUCGACCGUGAUUUGAUCGGCCCAGCUAUGUACUUUGGUCUCAUGGGUGAUGGUCAGCCUAUUGGUCGCUACGACGAUAUGUGGGCUGGUUGGUGCAUCAAGGUGAUCUGUGACCACUUGGGUUUGGGAGUGAAGACGGGUUUGCCGUACAUUUACCACAGCAAAGCGAGCAACCCGUUUGUGAACCUGAAGAAGGAAUACAAGGGAAUCUUCUGGCAGGAGGAGAUCAUUCCUUUCUUCCAGAACGCAAAGCUAUCGAAAGAAGCAACAACUGUUCAACAAUGCUACAUUGAGCUCUCGAAGAUGGUGAAGGAGAAGCUGAGCUCCUUAGACCCAUACUUUGACAAGCUUGCAGACGCCAUGGUCACAUGGAUUGAAGCUUGGGAUGAGCUUAACCCACCAGCUGCAGCUGCAGCCAAUGGCAAAGCUUGA